UAUUAAAUAUACGACCCGAACCCACGUUCACCAUGCAGAAAAUACUUACGGCGGAUCCAAGUAGCUUGCACGAGCUCCGAGCAUGAAGAUUCAAAAUUUAAGUUGUUUUGGCGCUGCUGAUUUAUCCACCGGUAUCAUUCUUCCCUAAAAGUAAGUGUGGUCCAACGGAGAACGAGAUCCAGGCCCCUUUCCGGGGGAAAACCACCGCCCGCGUCGGAACCUCGGAAACCUCGUCGUCUUCGAUUCGACCGACCGAAGCGAUUUGAACGCCGAUUUAUAAAUCCCUCCUUCAGCUUCUAUGGAUCCGCAUGUCGAUCUCCCCGACAAGAAGAAAUACGACGCCGGGCAUCCGCCGCACGUCGGCGCCCCUCCGCCACCUCCCCCGUCUUCCACGCAAUCCCAGCCGUCUGAUCCUUCACCGACGGCGCAGAAAUCCGUCAACUGGAGCAGCGAUCUCGCCAGCGAUGGCCCUCCCUCUGCCGACGGCCCCACCGCCACCGCCGCCGCUACCAAGAUGCCGCCGGAGUCCAAUCCUUACGUCACUCCCUCCCCCGGCCCUCCCUCUUCCACCCAGAAUACGAUGGAGACGGUGCGCAAUGUGCUUGGGAGAUGGGGGAAGAAGAUGGGGGAAGCGGCGAAGAGGGCCGAGGAUCUGUCAAAGAAUACUUGGCAGCAUUUGAAAACAGGACCUAGUUUUGCUGAAGCUGCCAUGGGGAGGAUUGCUCAAGGAACCAAAGUGAUAGCAGAAGGUGGUUAUGAGAAGAUAUUUCAUCAAACUUUUGACACACUUCCAGAAGAACAACUUAAGAAGUCUUAUGCAUGCUAUCUUUCAACAUCUGCUGGUCCAGUUAUGGGAAUUUUAUAUCUCUCUACUGCUAAACUUGCAUUUUGUAGUGACAAUCCUCUUUCUUACAAUGUUGGAGACCGAACUGAAUGGAGCUAUUACAAGGUGGUAAUUCCUUUGCAUCAGGUAAGAGAAGCUAAUCCUUCAGUGAGCAAAGCGAAUUCUGCAGAAAAGUACAUUCAGGUUGUCUCCAUAGACAAUCAUGAAUUUUGGUUCAUGGGUUUUGUAAACUAUGAUGGUGCUGUAAAGAGCCUACAGGAAGCUCUGCAGGCUGUGCAGACAUUGCAACCUUAGAGAUGGCGGUGGGAUUUGGAUUUGCAUGUCAGCUCUUCCCCAAGGAUCUAUGUGUGAUAGUUAUUAUGACAUAUUAACAAGCAGUUUCUGCUUGCAUGAUUUACUCUCCUGUCUCUUAUACUCAUUGAGGUGAGGUGGUGUUAUUGUUUGAUCACCUUUCAAACAGGCAAACAGUUGCCUUUGUCUUGGUUAGAUACUCAUUUUUGCAAAGUGUACUUUGAGUAAUCUAUCUUCAUGUUGGAUAUUUUGUAAUUGCUUAUUUGAUCCACUUGAUGUCAA